UUCAACUCCAAUCCAAAGCCUUUUUAUAUAAAUAACCCCCUUUCUGUGAUAUGUUUUCAUCAUCAACAACAAGCAUUAUCUUUUCAGACACCAAAUUGUUCUAAAUUUCUUAUUUCCAACCUCUCAAGAAGAAAAAAAAUAGAAAGAAUGACAAUGCUCAGUGCGAAGAAACUCAUCAAGAUGGCCAGGAGAUGGCAGAAGUUUGCAGCCAAGCAGAGGAAGAGGAUUUCAUUUCCAAGAAAUGACAGUAAUGCAGACGGUUGCAGUACAUCCUCAUCCUCUAUAGUUGAAAAGGGUCAUUUUGUAGUCUAUACAAUUGAUCAAAGGAGCUAUGCAUUUCCCUUGACUUACCUUGAAAAUGAGGUCAUUACGCAACUUUUAAGCAUGUCCGAAGAAGAGUUUGGUCUGCCAAGUAGUGGCCCUAUUACAUUACCCUGUGAUUCAGCCUUCAUGGACUACAUCAUUUCGCUAAUCAAGACAGGCGUAGCUGCUGGUGAUCUUCACAAAGCAUUGCUUCGCUCAAUUCCUUCAUGUUGCGUUGCUACUUCUUUUUGUCAACAAGAAAGUAGAAAUCAACAGAUUCUUGUUUAUUGAGUCGUGACGUCAUGUUUUAUAAAUGUUAGCUCAAAUAGAUUGUAUAGAAGGUGAAAAUA